AUGGCAUUCGGACGAACCAAACAGAAUAAUAAAACAGCCUCUCCUCGUUCAGCUACAACGGGUGAUACCAAAAUUGAAAAAUCUUCCUUAGAGAUUGUUCCCAUUUCCUCACACCCUUCAUUCAAUUAUUUUACUUAUCAGAAGGACGACGUUACAAAACAUGAACAACCCUAUUCACCUAAAACAUUUGAAAAUUUUGAUGAUAAAAUCGGUUUACCCUCUUCACAUCCUUCACACAAUUAUUUUGCUUCUCAAAGAAAUUCAAGUUUUGAACAAAUCCAAACCAUUUAUGAUUUCAAAAUUAGUUUACCUCCUUCACACCCUUCAUCAAAUUAUCUUGCCUCUCAAAGAAAUAUAGAUUUCGAACAACUCCAUUUCCAAAUCCAAAACAUUUAUGAUUGUAAGGCCAGUUUAAAAAACCUUCGAUACCUAAAGUAUUUUUUUUCAAACGAUCAUUUAAUUCGAUAUACAAAAUCGGAUCAUUUUAAUUCCUUAAGUGAAAAAAUUAAAAGGUUGAUAAAUCUUCUCAUCUAUGAAAUCUUAUCGGAUGAAUUUCGACGGGAAAGCGUAAAACUAUCACAAAAGUUGGAAGAAUACAUCAAAAGAAAUUUGAUUCCGGAAUUACCAAAUGGAUAUAAUAGUUAUACUGAAUUUGAGAAUAGUAAGGCUUUUAAAUUCUUAAGUAAGAUGCAAAGGAAGAGAGUCAAAAAAUUGGUUAGAUUAGAGAAUAAUAUGACUCCCCCGAAACAAGUUCCUAAAAGGCAAAGGAACGAGAUGAAAUCAUACAAUCGGUCGAGUAAUUUUGCGGUGAAACAUGGUGGAUUAAUUGUUCUAUGUGCGGACGAUAUGAAACAUUUACAAGACAAAGUUUCCAUUCGAAAAUGUUAUCCUUUCGUGCAAUUUCAGAUGGCUUUUGUCGCCAAAUUGGGGAAACCAUUAAAAGAGAUGAUGGAACGACGAUCCCUGACAUUUAUAUAUAUCUCAGAUAUUCCAAAUGACAAGUAUGAAAGUUCCUUAUCAUCAAAAGAUCUCAAUAAAUUAAUCAGAAGACAAGCGAAAGGGUCCGAGGGGAUCCGCAGAACAUCCGUUGGUCAGGAAUCAAAAUUCGAAAGAGAAAUCGAACAAGUUCCCGUGAUGAAUAAUCAAAGGCGAAUCGAUUCUCAGUCAGAAACAAUCGAAUCGUUAAGGGAUCGUAUCGAUGAAUUGGAGAUCGAUUCCUUCAUUCAAAAUCAAAAUAUUAAAAAACUUCGACAGGAUUUUAACAAGUUGAAGAUUAAGGAUAUAAUUAACAAGGGUAAAUGUGAUGUCAAAGGUCAUGAGAAACUUGUAAACGACAAUGGAUCUAUUGGAUCUGCAACAUCUCCCUUGCAGAUCAGCUCAACCUAUUCAGAAGAUCAAGGAUCGAUUCCAAAACUUGUUCAUCAAAUUCAACAAUCCAUUACGCGAGAGAAUAUCAGUUUAAGAAAAUCUCCGAUAUUUAAAGCAUCACUUUUCAAUCAAUCAUUUGAAGAAUUUCAACGAAAGGAUGUAACGCUCUCACAAAAGUUAAACGAAUAUAUCGAAAGAGGUGUAAUUCCAGCAUUACCAAAAGGAUACAGUGAGAGUAACUUGUUCAAGAAAUUGAAUAAAAUCCUAAAAGAGAGGAUUACAAAAUUAAUUCAAAUAGAAAAAAAAUUGACCACCGGAAAGAAUGAAAAAUUUUAG